GUUUACUAAACAUGAAGCCGGAGUUGGUCUUCUAGUCUCUAUCAUGUGCGCGUUACUGAAGUUACACAACAGCUGAAGCUGUUUUUCUUGAGUCUACAGUGUACUAGUAAUACUUUGCUUAGCUGAAUAUCAAGUAAACUAAUUGGUAGUCGUUAUGGAGCCAGUAGGUAAAAAUGCGAGGACUAAUCCGGCUGCUUCGGCAAAUCUAUUCUCUCAGAUCUUUUUCUGUUGGUUAAAUCCUCUGUUUCGUAUUGGAUACAGACGUAGACUCGAGGAAGAUGACAUGUACAAAUUACUUCCUUCGGAUGGCUCCGAGAGACUGGGGGAGGAACUUCAGUGCUAUUGGGAUCGUGAAGUGGAGAUUGCAACUAAAGAACUCAGAACACCUAAGCUUACCAAAGCCAUUAUCAAAUGUUAUUGGAAGUCAUAUACCAUCUUGGGCAUAUUCACUUUUAUUGAGGAAGUUAUUAAGUUGGUACAACCAGUGUUUCUUGGCAAGCUUAUUCGAUACUUUGAGAACUAUGAUCCCAAUAACAUGGAUGCACUGUAUGAGGCCUAUGGCUAUGCUGCUGGGAUGUCUAUCUCUGUGCUAUGUCUUGCAUUACUGCAUCACCUUUAUUUCUUCCAUGUCCAGAGAGCUGGCAUGAAAUUUCGCAUCGCCAUGUGCCACAUGAUUUAUAAGAAGGCAUUGCGCCUUAAUAGUGUUGCAAUGGGAAAGACCACCACAGGACAGACUGUCAACCUUUUAUCUAAUGACGUCCAAAAAUUUGAUGAGGUGACAGUUUUUUUGCACUUCCUGUGGGUGGGGCCGCUGCAAGCUGCAGCUGUUAUUGGGCUUCUGUGGCAGGAGCUUGGGCCAUCAUGCUUGGCGGGUAUGGCAGUGCUCCUUUUUCUGCUGCCUUUGCAAUCCAUGUUUGGGAAGCUUUUCUCUAAAUUCAGGAAUAAAACAGCAGUCCUUACUGACAGCAGAAUACGCACAAUGAAUGAGGUGGUGUCUGGGAUACGAAUUAUUAAGAUGUAUGCAUGGGAAAAGCCAUUUGCAGCAUUGAUCAAUGACAUCAGAAAGAAAGAAAUAUCUAAAAUCAUGAGCAGUUCCUACCUGCGUGGUCUGAACAUGGCAUCCUUCUUUGCUGCAAGCAAGAUCAUUGAAUUUGUUACUUUCACUGUGUAUGUGUUGGUGGGAAACACAAUCACAGCGAGCCGUGUCUUUAUGGCUGUGUCACUGUAUAGUGCUGUUCGCCUCACCGUCACUCUCUUCUUCCCUGCUGCCAUUGAGAAGGUGUCUGAGGCUAGCAUCAGCAUCCGUAGGAUCAAGAAAUUCCUUUUGCUGGAAGAGUUGGCUAAGCACAACAUAACAGUUUCUCAAGAGGAGAAAAAGGAAGUGUCUGUGGAGGUCCAGGAUCUCAUUUGCUACUGGGAUAAGAGUCUGGAUGUUCCAACACUACAAGACAUAUCCUUCAGUGUGAAGAUGGGCCAGCUCCUUACUGUUAUUGGCCCUGUUGGUUCUGGAAAGUCCUCUCUCCUCAGCACCAUUCUUGGAGAAUUGCCACAGGACAAAGGAGUAGUUAGGGUCACUGGGAAUCUGAGCUAUGCAUCCCAGCAGCCUUGGGUGUAUCCAGGUACCAUCCGCAGCAACGUCCUUUUUGGAAAAGAACUACAGCUACAAAAAUAUGAAAAAGUUCUGAACGCCUGUGCUCUUAAGAAGGACAUGGAGUUACUGCCUGAGGGAGAUUUGACUGUGAUUGGAGACCGAGGGGCUACUCUCAGUGGAGGUCAGAAGGCUCGAGUUACCCUUGCCAGGGCUGUGUAUCAAGAUGCUGAUAUUUACCUGUUGGAUGAUCCCCUAAGUGCAGUCGAUUCAGAAGUUGGACGACAUCUGUUUGAACAUUGUAUUUGUGGCCUUUUAAAGAAUAAACCAAGGAUCUUGGUGACUCACCAGCUACAGUACCUGAAAGCCGCUGAUCAUAUCCUGGUUUUGAAAGCGGGUCAAAUAGUGGGGCAGGGCACAUACACAGAGCUACUGCAUUCAGGUGUGGACUUUACAUCAUUGUUAAAAAAGGACGAAGAGGAAGAGCAGACAGGAGGAAUUUGGAGCAUAGAGUCUGCUCGCAGCCGAACCCUUUCACAGAACUCUGUUCGCUCAGGGACCUCAUCAGUGGUGUCCAGUAAAGAUGAAGCAGAUCAGCUGCCUGCAGAAACUGUUCCAACUAUGUCAGACGAAAGUCGCUCUGAGGGGAAUAUAGGGAUCCGUAUGUAUCUGAAAUACUUAACUGCUGGAGUCAACAUAUUGAUGCUGCUUAUCAUUGUUCUGCUCAACCUGCUUGCACAGACAUCCUAUAUCCUUCAAGACUGGUGGCUUGCAUUCUGGGCUUCAGAACAGGAGAAGCUGCAUGCGCUAAACCAAAACCUUACAUUCACCAAUAGCUUUAACACCAGCCUUAAUCAGAAUGUUACUCAGCAGCUAUCCAUUGAAUACUACCUGGGCAUUUAUUCAGGUUUAACAGCGACCACUAUUCUGUUUGGCUUCACACGCAGUUUGCUGAUGUUUAACUCUUUAGUGUGCUCUGCACAGACGCUCCACAGCCGCAUGUUUAACUGUAUCCUCAGGACCCCUGUCCGCUUCUUUGACAUCAACCCUAUAGGAAGAAUCCUCAAUCGAUUUUCAAAAGACAUUGGUCAAAUAGACUCCAUGUUGCCUUGGACAUUUGUGGACUUUAUCCAAGUGUUAUUGCAAAUCUUGAGUGUAAUUGCUGUGGCUUCUUCAGUCAUCCCAUGGAUUCUGAUCCCUGUGCUGCCCCUCCUUAUAGUCUUCCUCUUUUUACGGCGCUACUUCCUGCAGACUUCACGUGAUAUCAAGCGACUUGAAGCCAUUACUCGAAGCCCUGUAUUUUCUCACUUAUCAUCCUCACUGCAAGGCCUUAGUACAAUUCGUGCCUUCAAGGCUGAGGAAAGAUUCCAGCAGGCCUUUGAUUCUCAUCAAGACCUGCACUCAGAGGCCUGUUUCUUAUUUUUGACCACCUCCCGCUGGUUUGCUAUGCGUCUGGAUGGAAUGUGUUCCAUAUUUGUCAGCAUUACUGCCUUUGGAUGCCUUCUGCUGAGAAACAGCUUGGAGGCAGGUGCUGUUGGAUUAGCCUUGUCCUAUGCUGUAACGUUGAUGGGCAUGUUCCAGUGGGGUGUCAGACAGAGUGCUGAAGUUGAGAAUCUGAUGACCUCGGUAGAAAGAGUGAUGGAAUACACAGAGCUGGAGAAUGAAGCAGCCUGGGAAACACAGAAGCCUCCUCCUGGGUGGCCAAGCAAGGGGUUGAUUACUUUUGAUCAGGUUAACUUCUCCUACUGUUCCAAUGGGCCUCUAGUGUUAAAAAACUUAACAGCAUUGUUCAGACCCAAAGAGAAGGUUGGUAUCGUGGGUAGAACAGGAGCAGGAAAGAGUUCUCUUAUCUCAGCACUGUUCCGCCUGGCAGAGCCACAAGGAAAAAUCUAUGUGGACGGUGUGUUAAUUUCUAAUAUUGGCCUGCAUGACCUUCGUCAGAAGAUAUCUAUUAUCCCACAAGAUCCAGUGUUAUUCACUGGCACCAUGAGAAAAAACCUAGACCCCUUCCAGGAGCACUCGGACAAAGAUUUAUGGAAUGCAUUAGAAGAGGUCCAGCUGAAAUCUGUGGUGGAGGAGUUGCCUGGUAAGCUAGAGACAGUUCUGGCUGAAUCUGGUACUAACUUCAGUGUUGGUCAGCGGCAACUUGUGUGUCUUGCCAGGGCCAUUCUGAGGAAGAACCGAAUACUCAUUAUUGACGAAGCUACAGCUAAUGUAGACCCCAGAACAGAUGACCUCAUUCAGAAGACCAUCCGGGAGAAGUUCCGGGAUUGCACUGUCCUAACCAUCGCCCACAGACUCAACACAAUCAUAGAUAGUGACCGAAUACUUGUUCUUGAUGGUGGACGUAUACAUGAAUAUGAUGAGCCCCAUGUGCUGCUUCAGAACAAGGAUGGAAUCUUUUACAACAUGGUGCAACAAACAGGAAAGGCAGAGGCAGGGUCUUUAAUUCAGCUGGCAAAACAGGCAUAUAUGAACUGUCGUCAGCCAAACUUGGCCAAUGGCCUGACCUCCAGUAAAGAAGUUAACCUGGUCAUCUUUGAGACUGCUCUGUAAGUUUGGAGGCUUCCUGCAACUAGCCCACAACACCCUUCAACUGAAGACUCAAGUUAUGCACAGACAUUGGAAAUCACUAAUGUAUUUAUGAAUGUAUUUACACCAUUUUUUUUUUUCAGAUUUAAUUAUAUUGGACUGCCUUUGUUUCUUCUAAGAUUAAAGUGAUUCAAAAAUAAAUUUGGACUAGAAUUUUUUCUUCAAGAGAUCACACUAAAUAUAUUAAACAGGGUACACCUGUGUUCAUUUGAAAUCUAUUUGUGUUCAAAUAUGCUUUAACAAUGAAUAUCACUGAGGUCUUGGGAGUUCUCAAUGCUAAAAUGCCAGAUCCGGAAUCCUGCUGAAGGCCAAGAAACUGCCCUUGAAGCUUUGAGAUCGACAAAUCCUUAUGUUCUUCUUUAAUAUCACAUUCAAAAACCAUGGGGAUCCAUUCCCUUUUUGCUGCCAGACCAGCCUCGACUAAUUAGGGAAGAGUGGAAUAUUUCUUAUCUACACCAUGCACACUGCAUAUAUGAAUAUUUUUUCCUUUUGCAAGGCUGAAUGGAGUAAAGAACUCCCAGUGUUUGGGAAUUCAAUGUAGUCCGUAUUCAGCUGUCUGGUGCAAUUUCUCUAGCACAUAUGCUGCAAUCCUGUUUAGGAACUAUAUAACUUAUCAUUCGUUCUAAAGUGGAUUUUGUUAAUCAUUUUGUUAAUGAUUUUGUCUAAAGUUUAAAGAAUAUUUAAUUAUCUAGGUAGUAAUGCUGACCAAAAAAUGAGAUUAUUGUUGUUAUUAUAUUAAGAUUAUUUCCAGUUUGUUCAGUGAUUGCCAUCUAUACGUAAUGUUUAUAUUUUUUUAUAUUUUUUAUGUUCUUUUCUGUGUAUUAAACUUGGAAAUCUG